ACUUCUCUGUCGCCUCUCCUCCCGUGGCGGCCAGCCGCGCUGCUCGCCCUCGCACUCCUCCUUGUGCUCCUCCGCGCGGCGCGCGCCCUCGCCUCGCGUUGCGCCUGCUGCCUCAAGCCGCCCCGCCGCACCCUCUCCGCCGCCGGCGCAGAUGGGGGCCUCGCCGGUGCGCCCCUCGCCUCCAUGCCGCCCACCGGGGGGCGCCUGGUUCAGGGCCGCCCUCGCAGUCCGCCGCCCGCCGGGAAGCACCGCGGCCGCUGGUGCUCCGCGCCGCAGCUCCUCAGUCGAGCUCACGCGCCGGCAUCACCGGGAGGAGUGUGAGCCGCUAGAUGGCCAUCCAUGUCGCCGUUGUCGUCGUUCUUCGCGCCACCGGAUGGAAUCGCCGCCACUGCACGCCUCUGUCGAGCUUGUGCCAUUGCCGUCGUCGCGGGCAGGCAGAAGCCUCUGUACGGCGUCGCCGCACAAGCCGGAUCUCUGCACCUCCUCUCAAGCCGCCGGAUGGCGCCCUCCAUUGCCUGAAGGGUCUCAAGCUUGAUUUCCACUAUGUUGGUUUAGCAGAUUACUAUUGCCUAGCUCAACUUCUCAAAAAGAGGAGCUGGGACCUGGGAGGAAUGACUCAUCUGGAUACCAAGCCUAUCUCCAUUGGUGGUUCCCCAAAUCAUAGCCAAUCACCUGUAGCUCACUCAAGAAUUAGAGACGAUGAAACCCAAGAAACUGAAGCAGGAAAAUCAUUGAAUGAGAAGCUAACAUGUGCAAAUGGGCCAAAUGAUUCUUUCCCACAGCAUGGUGAACUACCACUGCCAGAGGUCUCUACAAGUGUAGGAGAUGCUGAUAUGCAGGAUUCUGUGAAGAGUUUAAGUGAGAAGCUCUCUGCUGCUCUUUUGACUAUCAGUGCUAAAGAGGACUUGGUGAAGCAGCAUGCAAAAGUUGCAGAAGAUGUUGUUGCAGGUUGGGAGCUUGCUGAAGGUGAAGUUAGUAACCUGAAGCGGCCACUUGAUGCUUCAUCUCUGAAGAAUCCCUCUCUGGGGUCGCUCUGGUUGCCCCGUCGUCGUCGCCCAUCCUCUCCACCCCACCCCGGCCUGUCUCCUCCCUGCCCGCCGAAAGGAUGCUGCUGCUCACGCCGCUGCACCACUGGAGGAGCGCAUCGACUGUGGCGCUCGGCUCUCCUCCCUGCCCGCAUCUUCUUCGUCGCCGAGUAGCGGCAGGUGCAGAGGCGCGUGCGCUGCACCCCCACGCCGUCGACGCAAAGAUUCCCAUAACCAGUUCGGUGGCGACGCGACCGGCAGCGGCGGCCUCUUCUCGGCAGGCACAGACCGCAAAGUCGUCUUCUUCUCCGGCCUCUUCCACACCAUCAUGGACGCCGCAGAGCUCAUCCUCGAGAAACUCCUCUACCAGGUACAACUAUUCAGAUUCAGGCCCUCUCCCUCUCCAUCUGUAUCUCUCCAGCUACUUAUUACCAGCCAGCGAUCCAUUCUAUGCGGAAAUUCCACAAUCGAUUUGACGAAGAUGCCACCCAAAUAGGCCGCUCACAGAACCAUCUCAACUGUUGCUAUGUAUGCUACCUUGUGUUCGGUUUUUUGUUUACUGAUAACUACCUUCCACAAGCUUCACAACGUCCCAACUGAGUUGGAUCUAUCAUUUAGUUAUUGCUGCUUACAGAACCAUCUCGUAUGUUGCAUUGCUGCUAUGGUAGCUGCAGUUUGUUUUCUCAUUCAGUGACAAACUACACACAAGGUGCGGUCAUAUACAUCAUGGCAGCGCCGGAAGGAGGCGUAUGACAGCCACGCUGAAAGGAGCAGAGCACACCGUCGCCAUGGGAGGAGCACCAGACCAUCAUUCUCGGGAUAGCUCCAUCUAGAAAGGGUGGCCUCUCCUCCUACGUCCUCGUCGGUUCCAUCCCGUUCGUUCUGCCGCCUACUGCCUCACAUGCCGCGCGGGUCUGGGAGAGAAAGAAAAAUUCGAAGGUUAGUUGAUUCUGCGUGCCUCUCUCUUUCUGAUUUGCCUGUUCGUCCACCCAAGUAUGGCUGCACGUGAGCAAAACUUAGUACAGGUUGGGCCUUGGCUUCCUAUGGCAUCAUGACUGUUUUCCCUCUACAAUCAAGUAUCCCACUGUCUAUAUAUGAAUAUUUAGUAGAGGAGUGCGUAGCUCUGUUGUCUAUAUAUGAGUAUUGCCGAGCUGAUGAAUUGAUUAGCUCCUUGGUGUUGCUGAAUUCAGCUUGCUAUGCUGAUGUAACUUUUGAUAGGUCUGUUACAACUGGGCAUAAUGUAGAUUGAGAAUAUACAUUGAUUUUUCUUGAUGUUUCAUUCGCUAAUCUUAAUAUUUAAUUGUAGUGUCUUACCUCUAAUUCACAAAUAAAUACCUUGUGGAAUUCCCGAAUCCUUCAGUCUAGCGUAUGUGAAUGAAACUUGCAUGCGGGGUGUGCUAAAGGUUGAGUCUGUCUAAUAAGAGGCAAGGAUAACAGAGCUGCUAUAACAACUAAUUGUACAUGGUUUAUGCAAGCAUCAGAAAUUAGACAAGGUCAUAUCUGUGUAUGUCUUUAAGACUUGGAAGGACCUACCGUCAUUCACCAUCCAUAGGCUUGCUUUGAGAACGUCAUUGCAUAAAUUAUAUUCUCACUGUCCAUGGAACACACACUUUGAAUUAUUUGGCUAACAAAGGAUCUUCAUUAGCAUGUCCUUCGUCGCAACACCUGGGCGAGCUAGAAGACAAGGUAUAUAUAUCAGAAUAACUUCAUAAGGGCUCAGAAUAGCAUAGUACAUUCUCCUGUUCAUUUAAUUUAUGAUAUGUUUAGUGAUGUUCUGUCAUAUGCAUCUAGCUUACUGGCAUAUGCAUAUGUUAUAUAAUUUAAUUUGUGAUAUGUUCAGUGAUCUUCUGUUCCUGUUGUAAAGUAAAAGGAUAACAAAAUAUUAGGUCUCCUUAGUUCCAAAUAUGGUUCUAUUUUUUUUUCCUUUGAUGCUAUGUGCCACACUAUGCAGAACAAGGAGAGAUUGUUGAGGCAGAGACGUGACAAUUUUUGAGGUCAUGAUCAUCACCAUGAAGCAGAAGAAGUCAUCAUAUCUUUGCCAUGGCGAGGUUCUCACCUGCUUUGCGAGUACUUUGUUUGAUAUGCUCGGGCUUAAAACUGGUUUUGUGGCAUCACUGAUAAGGCAAAUAUGACAGAUGCUCCAGUCAUCUAUUCUAUUUUCUAUGCUUUUUAAAUAUAUGCCAUCAUAAGUAAGGCAAAUCUGACAAUUGUCUCUACUGCUCUGUUUUGCGGGCAAUUUCUUUUCCACCGGCCCAUUAUAAUCUCUGUUUGAUAAUCUGCGACAUGCUCAUAUGGUAAUGGUAUCCUAAAAUGAAGAUUCAUGUUUUGUUGCA